AUGUCGACGGGUCAGGACCAAGAUCAUGGUCACAUGAAUGAUCACGACCACGACGACCUCUCGGCGUUGAAGGUCGACCCUGAACCUAUCGCCUCGACUACCAUCGACACAGCAGCGCAGUCCGAAAUCGACAAUGGCGACACAGCAUCCGACUCCGCUGCCGCGUCUGCUGUUGCUGCCGCUGCUGAUGCCUCUGAAGAGCCCGAGCAUCACGGACAUCAUGUACAUAUCGAACACCACGAUGGACUUGACGACUACGACCCUGCCUCGAUGCAGACCUCGGAUCUGGACGCAAACUUGAUCCACGCGACUACAUCUUCAUCGACUGCCCACGAAAUCGCCACUGGUGGCCUGCAGGCUCUCCAGGACGCAUCAGACGCCGCCGCUGCUCAGGCUCUGCGCGAAAGCGUCGAUCACCAGCAGCAGCACCACGAGCAACCUCACGAGCAACACCACGAACCGCACGAGCAGCAUCACCAGUAUGACCCGCCGCCGCAGUCCGCGUCUUCUCUUGACCAUGAAAUGCAAGGCACAGACACGGGCAGCUCGAGUGGCCCAGAUCCUGCUCUGGCCGUUGCUGCCGCCGCCGCUGCUGCUACUGCUGCCGUGAAUGCGUCCAUCGGUGGAGCGCCUGCCGGUCCACAUCCAUUUGCCUCGGUGGCAUCUGCUGCGCCUGCGCCUGCGCCUGCACCUGCGCCGUCCGCUGCCAGAGACUCAGCUGUUAAUCCCAAGCUGACGCGACUCCGCCGAGCCUGUGACAUGUGCUCCCAGCGCAAGGUGAAAUGCGACGAGACGGCCCCAUGCAGGCCCUGCCGAGACCUCAACGUCGAAUGCACCUUUCACCGAGCCCUCAAGAGACGCGGUCCCCCGAACAAGCACGCCGAGGCUGCUCGCGCUGCCCAGCGCCCUCGACUCGAGCCCGGCCCGACACCUGCAGGCAAUGGUUUUGCCUACAACAACGGCUUGGGCCCGACACCCUCGCCGCAUAACGCCGCCCAGACCCUUGUGUCCAUCGCAGAGGGCCCUGCAGCCACAGCCUACACUGCCGAAUCGAUUGCUCCUAUGCCUGUGUUGGAGCUCCUCGUUGACGACUUCUUCACCUACAUCCACCCCCUGGCGCCUUUUCCUCACGAACCAACCUUCCGAGACGCCUUCGCUACGCGCCAGGACCGGACGAACCCCGAGUUUUUGAGUCUUCUGGCCUCCAUGAUUGCCGCUCUUGUGGCGUCCUUUCCCCGGAGCGCUCGCCAGCACCUCAAGGCCCAGCACAGCACGCACCUUUUCCCUCGUGCCAUCGUCAUGAUUGAAAAAUGCAGGGAUAUUGCGCUCCAAGCACGCGGUGCUCUGUGGUCUAUCAAGUCGCCCAAGACGCUCGAUGAUGCUGCGACGAGCUACUUUCUGGGCCUUGCUGCGGGCUACACGUUGCAUGUCAAUGCCUAUCGCCACUUCACGGCUGAGUGCCUCUCGCUGAUUCGCGAGCUUGGCUUCCACGCGCCCAAGAACCCGGGCGAACUGCCGACAUUUGGCACUGAUCACUACUCGAACAACCCCCUGCCUUUCCACAACAUCAAAGAUCAGAUUGGUAAGCGCAUAUUCUGGUGCCUGCUUCUCGGCGUGCGUUCCUUCUCACAGCUUGGCGCCUCUCACGCCGAUCUCGUCAUCGCGCCAUCAACGCCAAACCUCCCGUACCCAUCUCUGCCCGAGAAUGUUGACGACCGGUGGAUCAUGGCCAACGAGAUUCAGUAUUCAGAGAACAACAACGUCACGCUGCUGACGGGCUUUCGAUUCGGCGUUGAGAUAUACACUACAAUGAAUGCUAUCGUUAGUGUUGAGCUUGUGUAUGGUAUGAGCACGCUCCCGUGGCCCGAUCAGCGCGCCAUGCUGCGCGACGCCCUCGUCGCUGCCAAGAACAUCAUCGAUCGUCUUCCGACUGAGCUGCGCCUCACGUCGCAGAUUGAUCAGCCCGUCUUCGGCGGAGGCUUUGACGAUGGGCAUCUUCAAUACAUGCCCCCAGCGUACCCCAACGCGCAACCGGCAAACGACAUCCGCAACGUCAUCAAGAGCAACACGCAACGGCGGCGCCAGCUGCAGUACGACAUUCAGAAGGCUAACAUUCUUGUGUCGCAGCUCGCGACACGGUCCUACUUCGUUGAGCUAUACUUCAACCUGCGCGAUGUCUACCUUGCAGAUCCCAAUCGUUCCAUCAUCGACGAGAGCACGAUUGAGGGCAAGGCCGCCAAGGAGGCUGAGGAUGUUGAAGCCGAGCGCAUCUUUGAGCUCAUGACGGCCGAGCGCGAGCUUAUCGUCCAGGAUCUGCUGCACGUCCUCGGGUCAAUCCCGCAGCGAAACAUGGAGCCGAACGGAGGAUCGCUCAUCAACAAGGUGCGCCAGGUGGCGUCGACCCUUCUCAAUGAUGCCCCCGAGCGCAAGGGUCCCGUGGCAGUCAAGUCCGAGGCUGCGCUCUCGCGGCUCAUCGACAUCUUGAUCAAGCUUGAGGGCACUGGACCAGGUCAUGCGGGCCACGGAAACGACUCCAACAUGACGCCCCAAGACGAGGAAGAAGAGUUGCGUUUGUGGUCGAGUCUCAGAGACUACCAGCGGCAGUUUGCUUACCAGAGCGGGUAUGAGGGGCGGGACUAG